CCGCAUUGUUGUUGGUUGCAGGCGCAGAAUCGUAUCGACUCGCCGCUCGUUGCAGGGAAGGGAACGACACUGCCUUUGAAUGGCACUUAAACCAAGUGUUCUCCUAGUGGUUAUUAAUCCAGUAUUAUAGUCCUGGCGGCCGCUGUGGUUAAGGUUCUGCCGCAUUCCAGAUUUAUCCAUGCAGAACUAAAUCAGUGGGCUUUGGAUGAGAACAUUGUGUACGGAAUCACUGCAGGCCAUCUCGCCAUCGCGUUAGAAAGCUGCUCCUCUCUUUAUCCAUCAGAGCUUUGUAAGGAUCCCCAAUGAAAAGAAAAAUCGCUGCCUAACAAAGUAUACUACACCCCCCAGCGGCUGCCUUGUCCCAUCAAACAUUCCCCAAACCACGAGGCGCUGACUCGCGCCCAGGCCCAGACGAUGGUGGAACUAGAAGUCGAUGGCCGGCUGCACCGGAUCAGCAUCUUUGACAAGCUCGACAUCAUAACGGAUGAGGAUCCCAUGGCGCAGGAAAUUAUAGAGUGCACCAGCAAUAAGGAGAAUGCUGAAAAACACCAGCAGGUUUUGGUAAGUUCUGCACGCCUCAGAAACAACCAGCAGAAAAAAAACGCUGCUGUCACAGCGCAAAAGGCUUCGGUGCAAGAUUGCACACUUCCCGAGCCCAAAUUCCGCACAGUGGAUUACAAUCUCCCAGCAAUCCCACGCAGACCUUCUACAUACUACAAGUAUGAGGAGAAAACUUCAGAAGAGCUGAACGAGGAGGUGGAGUAUGAUAUGGACGAAGAAGACUAUGCCUGGCUCGAGCUGGUCAACGACAAAAGAAAGUGCGAAGGCCUUAACCAGGUGUCCCCCAAUGCCUUCGAAUUCCUUCUUGACCGUUUUGAAAAAGAAUCAUUCUUAGAGAGUCAGGGCCAACAGAACCUCCAGUCCUUAAUUGAUGAAGAUGCUGUUUGCUGCAUAUGUAUGGAUGGAGAUUGCAUGGACAGCAACGCCAUCCUCUUCUGUGAUAUGUGCAACCUAGCCGUUCAUCAGGAUUGUUAUGGUGUUCCGUAUAUUCCAGAGGGCCAGUGGCUUUGCCGACAUUGUCUUCAGUCUCCUACACAACCCGCUAACUGCAUCCUCUGCCCUAACAUGGGAGGAGCGGUCAAAAAGACGGAAGAUGACCGAUGGGGACACGUGGUUUGUGCUUUAUGGGUUCCGGAGGUUGGGUUCUCCAAUACGGUCUUCAUUGAGCCUAUCGAUGGUGUCUCAAACAUCCCGCCUGCUCGGUGGAAGCUUACCUGCUACCUCUGUAAAGAAAAAGGAGUUGGGGCUUGUAUCCAGUGCCACAAAGCCAACUGCUACACCGCUUUCCAUGUCAGCUGUGCGCAGAAGGCCGGUCUCUUUAUGAAGAUGGAGCCCAUUAAAGAGUUGACUGACUCAGGUUUACCAACCUUGUCAGUAAAAAAGACCGCUUACUGUGGGGCCCACACCCCAAACGGCUCUGUUAAAAGACCUCUUACAAUAUAUAAUGACAUUAAGACAAAUUACAGACUUUGUCAGUCGGUGGACAAAAAGAGCAGGACAGGAUUAAAAAAGCAGAAGAGACUUAAAAACAAUGAGGUAGAUGUUGUAGCCCCAGUUCCCUCAGUGUCUGUACCCAGCUUUUCAUCUGAAAGGUUAAACACAAUCCUCAAUCAAGUUUCUUUACAGAAGAAGGCGGCAUUUGGCGAACUUGUCUUGAAGUAUUGGACCCUUAAAAGACAGUCAAGGAAUGGAGUGCCACUCAACAGACGCCUCCAAACUAGCCUACAUUCCCAGAAAAAUACACAGCCGAAACAGUCGGAGGAGGAGACUCGAGCAUUGAAGGAGCAGCUGAAAGAGUGGCAACGGUUGAGACACGACCUUGAGCGAGCACGACUCCUGCUGGAGCUCAUCAGGAAGAGAGAGAAACUCAAGAGAGAGGAGAUAAAGCUUCAGGAGACUUUAAUGGAGUUCCAACUCACUCCUUUCACAGUCCUUCUGAGGGCUGUGCUUGAUCAGUUACAGGAGAAAGACCAGGCACACAUUUUUGCAGAGCCUGUCAGCAUUAAAGAGGUGCCUGACUAUAUGGACCACAUCAUACACCCAAUGGAUUUUUCCACCAUGAGCAAACGCAUUGAUGCACAAGGCUACAAAUAUCUGGAUGAAUUUGAAGCAGACUUCAAUCUCAUUAUUGAAAACUGCAUGAAGUACAAUGGCAAGGAUUCAUUCUUCUACAGGGCUGCUGUUAGAUUGAGAGAUCAGGGUGGAGCUGUGCUCAGGAAAACUCGUCGAGAUGUUCAGACAAUUGGCUUCGAUUUUGAAACUGGCAUGCACCUGCUUGAACAACCCAAGAUUGAGCCAUCCGCACCUUUCUCCUGGGAAGAUGUGGACCGCUUAUUGGUUCCAGCCAAUCGGGAGCAGAUGUCAUUUGAAGAGCAGUUGAGGGAGCUACUAGAAAAGUUGGAUCUAACUACAGCAAUGAAAUGUAGCCCGUCACGGAGCAGACGACUGAAGCUGCUCAAGAAAAUCAUUGGUGAUGUGAGGAUGGAGCGGAGUUUGAGGAAAGCUCUUCCUGCUGCUGAACUGAAGAAUGCUGAGGAACAAGCUGGCCAUAUCCUUCAAAAAGGUGAUAAAUCUGUCCCACCUAAGCUUGAGCCAUCUGUUUCACUGCUGCCCCUCAUGAACGCAGGAAGUCACUCUGAGCCACCCACCCUGAAACCUAUAGAACCCUGCCCCGACAAACACAGACACGCAAAGGAUAGCGUUUCCCAAUCACUCAAUGGACACUCCUAUCUGCAGAUAGAGGACAGCGAUGUUAGUGUGGUAGCUACGUCAACUCUGGCCGAGCCAUCAAGCCCAGUAAACCGACGGACUUCUGUGCUUUUCCGCAAAUCAAAAAGCACAAGCCCUCAUAAGCCCGUGGAUGAUGGUGAAACUCCCAAGGGCAGUUCUCGGUUAGGUACAAAAACAUUCCUGUCAGUCGUCAUACCACGCCUGGAGACGCUGCUCCACACCAGGAAGAGGCCACGGAGUGCCAGUGGAGACAGUUGCGAGGACCAAUCGCCCAUCAAACGGCUGGACACAGGGCUGUCAAACGGGUUUGGCCUGAAUCAGGAGGAGGAGUUGUCUUCUAGCAGGCAGUUGGAGCCUCGUCGCAGGUGCGCUUCUGAAUCAAGCAUGUCUUCCAGCAACAGCAGUAUCGCACUUAAUCUUCCGAAGUGUGGGAAGGGAAAGCCGGCCCUCAUCCGGAGGAACACAGUGGAGGACAAGAGUGAGAUUAUUGCUUGCAUCGAGAGUAGAAAUUUCGCCAAAGCUGCUAGAAUAGCUGCUGAAGUUGGCAACAGCAGUAUUUGGAUGCCCACUAGUGCUGCCACAGUUAUGCUGGAACCUCUCAAACUAGUUUGGGCUAAAUGUAGUGGAUACCCCUCCUACCCUGCCCUGAUCAUAGACCCUCAUAUGCCACGUGUGGGGUGCCAGCACAAUGGAGUCUCUAUCCCAAUGCCCCCGCUGGACGUGCUACGGAUCGGAGAACAGUUGCAGUACAAGUCCGAAGAGAAACUUUACCUUGUUCUCUUCUUUGACAACAAACGUAGCUGGCAGUGGCUUUCUAAAUCCAAGAUGGUUCCUCUCGGUAUUGACAAAACCAUCGACAAGAUUAAGAUGAUGGAGGGACGCACCUCAGCCAUCCGCAAAGCUGUUCAGACCGCCUUCAACCGCGCCAUGAACCAUCUGACUCAUGUCCAAGAUGAACCUGUUAGUGACCUCAGUGACAUUGACUAAGACUGGCAAAUGCAGGCACAUUUCAAAGCCUUAGUAACUGUUAUUCCUGACUGGCACCUGCUGUGUGACUUCUGUGGUUUCUGCUACUCUAUAUCUUCCACUCCAGUCUCAUUUCCACAGAAGUCAAUUCUGUAAAUAAUGUAAAUUACUUAACACUAACUUAAAUCUGAAGAUUUACAAUAAUGGGUACUGUACAUACAUUUUUAUAGUAUUUAUACUGUUUAGUGAAUUAUACCGUGCAUAAUUACUCAUCGAUGCUGGAACAAAUGAACAAAAUGAAUAAAUUGUAUGAAAAAAUAGAGAAAAAUUGUGUGAUCAGGGCUGAAACAUAAUGUGAGAGUGCUUGCUUUUUUUAUGUUUAAAUUAUUGAAGUUUUUACACAGGCUUUUAUUUGGCAUUAAUGUUUUUAUAAUCUAAGAAUGUUUUUACAACAGUUUUAACAUAUUUUGAUGUAUUUAUAUAACUGUAUUUGUCUGUUUUUCACAUUAGAGGGUCUUGUUGUUUUGAAGCCACAAGUGCGUUAUUCUAAAAUUCUAAUGAAACCAAAAGAAAUGCUGCCUCGACUUCUUUUGUUUGUGUUGAAUGAAUGGUUAUGCUUC